AUGACCGUGAGCGGGCGCAUGGAAGCGGUGACGAAUAAGGCAGGCGAAGAGGCUGUUGUACUUGAUCAACCUGUAUGUAUUGGACAUGGUUUGGAUGUUCCUGCUCUGGGUGUGCUUUCGACCCUUGUGGUCCCGACAGCUGUCGGUCUCUGUAUAUGGCUAUUGUUCGCUAUCCUACGCCCACGCUAUCGCCAGGUGUAUGCUCUGAGGGAGUGGUUCGUGCCGCAAGGGCUACGACCGAGCCCACUGGGACGCUCUCUCUGGGCCUUCUUAACCCCACAUGUUCCCCUCAUACCACAACUUCUGGGUGAGCAAUCUCGUGCAGGAAAGUCUGUCGCGCGGGACACCGAGGUGUACCCGUCAGACGAGGAACUGACUCUUCGGACAUUAUGGACAACCAUCCUUGUCGUGUCCGGGUGGACGUUCCUCGGUUUGGCGGGACUAUUGCCCUUGUAUAUGGUGGCAAUACCGUGUCUGGCAUCGUCAACCUUGCCGUUUGCAUUCUCUGGACAAUACUCGACGUUACAGGAUCUCAGCAUCCUCAGGAUCCUGAGCCUUCUGCCUCAAGACGAUGCCUCGGCAUCAUCAGGUCCCUCUAACGCCGGACUGCAAUCUGCGCCGUAUAUUCGUAUACGGCUCAUCAUACUCACCAUUUUCGCGAUCGUGCUGGCUCUAGUGCCUGCGCUCUGGCUGAUCAUGCGCGAGUUCAACAAGAUGGUUGCUUAUCGAGAGUGCUGGGUGAACGACCGCUGCCAGAACAUCGAGAUGGGCUGGCUGAGCGCUCGUCAGGCGCCAGGCAUCGUUGGCUGGGGCGAGAAGCGCCUGAAGGAUUUUAUCGUGAAGACAGGCCUGAGUUCAUCAUUGGAUGCUACCGGCAGCAACGAUGGACAAUCACGCCGUCGGCGGAGACGUACGCCUGAUUGGAGCGACGCGGAAAAGGGUCGAUUCGAGGUCGACAUUCAGAACUUGUUCUCCAUAGGGGACACCACAGACCUCGCGCUUCUCAUUGACGAACGAGAUGAGAUCCUGGAAAAUCUCGAGAUCGCGGAGACGAAGUACAUUCAGAGUUUCCGGCUUUCAACACCUGAGCCGUCGAUCGCUGAUUUCCAGCCCCCAUUGGCCACCAUAUCAGAGGAGCCUGGAUCUCCUGUGAAACCCGCGAUUAGCCGUCCGCGUCCACUCGCGAGUGCCUCACACCAGCGCAGACGGCGUAGAGGCCGUAAUCCCGCUUUCGGCUCGUCUUCGCUUCCACCAACUUCGUAUGUCAUGCCGUCACAGUACUAUAAGCUCCGUGGCGUGCAAGGCAUUAGCGGGGGUCAGUUCGCCGAUGUCGACAAGGAUGUCAUACCUGCAGCGCAAAGCCCCAGUUUGGCCGAGUCGAUCAACCAGCGCGUCGUGGGAAGCCGGUUCCAAGAGGUCAACAGCAGUUCUCCGACGAUCAACCAGGGUGCCCUGGGCAGCCAGGUGACUAUGAACAAGAGCGGGCGCCUUGAGGCUGUGCGUACACCCGAUUCUGUAUCGCAGGACAACAUGAUAUGGGGGUCUCACCCUCACGCGUCGUGGGACACGGCAGGCUUCGACGACACGUCGCCGUACAACAACUACAUUCCGCACGGGUCGCAGGACCCGAUCCUCGCGGGGUCUGACGAAGACUGGCAUGAUGUCCUACAGGAAGACCCCGAGGCAUUCGAGAACGCCGAGGAGUACCCAGAGGACACACGCCGGCGGCCUCGCCCUCCGCGGAAGCAAGGCGUACAUGUUCCCCGUGAAUCCUUCCCGCUGCGUGCCCGAGUAGGCCCUAGCGCGGAAGAGCUCGUGCCGCUGCAUCUGCGUUUACAGCCGCGCCAGCCGUUCGUGCGUCCGCUGUCGGGGCUCAAUCACGACCAGCUGGGCGCGAUAUACGCCGACAUCAGUCUGUGGCGGUCCAAGCUGAAGAUAAUCAAUGCGGAAAUCGCAGAGGUGCAGAGCGAGUGCUACAAAGAUAUCGCAGACGGCGCGCGCAUCAAGGGCUGGCUGAUGAUCGGCAGAGGACUCAGGUUCGUCCGUGGUAUCCAGCUGAUCGAGGGCCGCGCAAAGGAAGACAUCCGAUGGGAUGAGCUCCAGAGCGAGAACAACUCCAUGAGGACUGUGGGUUUUUGGACAGCUGCGAUCACGAUUGCGGUAAUGCUUGCCAUUGCGCUGGUUCCUGUUGCGGGCCUGUACCUCAGUACAGCGCCUGACUUCGCGCACUAUUACCCUUUCCUCAUGCGGUUGGACGAGGGGAAUGACCUUGGUGCAGGCAUUGCUACGUGCCUGGCGGCAGCGCUUUUAGCGAUCCUCUUCAUCUCUUUCGCGAUGAAGAGCGUGCAUUAUUCCGGGUAUUUGAUUCAUUCCGUCUCCCUGUCAGGAAGCCAUAUGUUCACCUUCAAGGCGAUGUUCUACCUGAUGACGCUCGUCGGCGGGGUUUCUCUGUUCACUGCAGGCGCCGUGCUGUUCGCGAUGCACUCCUUCAGCAUCAACGUGGGCGAUACGGCAUCGAUCGCGGAUGGCAUCAUCUACAUGAGUGUGUUUGCGUUGUUGCUGCUUCUGUGCGUCGCCGUCGUGUUUCCUGGCCUGCUUCUGCUACAGCCUAUACGGUUGUGGCACGUCCUCCGAGCCGAGAAAGAAGCCAUUACGUCCCGGCAGAGGUUCCGAGCUGUGUAUCCCAGGACGUACAGCCCGUCAUACUCGCUCAGUUGCACAGUGCUUGCGUUCACCUAUGCUUGUGCGUUCACCCUGCUGUUCCCCUUGGUCGCUCCCGCCGCAUUGCUUUUGCUACUUUUGACGUUCAUUGCACAUCGCUUCCUGAUCGGUUAUGUGUACGGCCGUACGCAUUCGUCCACUGGAGGACUCCUGCACAUCUGGCUGCUCCGCCGUUUCGGCACACUCCUUGCAUUCCAGCCACUGAUCCUGGGGCUGGUUUAUCUUAGUCGGCUGCUGUGGAUCGAAGGUGGGAUUUUGUGCGGCUUCGCGCUCGCGGUUGCAAUCUUUGUCGAGAGUUACUGUAGCUGGCGGACACGGCAGCCUGGCCGCAAGUCGUUGAAUCCGAUCACAACCGACUGUCUGCAGACGUUCGAAAAGACGGCGCGCCCGGGAAAACACUCAGAAGCAGAAGAGGAAAGUCUUAGUCUCGUCAGCUCCGGGCGCAACACGCGAAUGCGGGGGUCGUACGCUUCGAUUCUGGAGAUGAUGUCUGCAACUCUGGCGGUGGCGCCCCUCCCAUCAGAAACGAGGGGCCCCGUUCCUUUAGGCGAGUGGAGAGUCUCAACCGAGACCCUAGACGACCUCACCGCGACGGAGCGCGCCGCACGUACGCAGCCAGAUGCGCCACCGCAUUUGCCUCCUCUGCCCUUCGCGGAUCACGCGGAGGAGAUGGCGGGCGUGCUGUUCGCGCCAGAACUGCUCGCGCCAGCACCUGUCAUCUGGUUGCCCCACGACAACGGGGGCAUCAGCCGCUCAGAGGCAUAUGACCUCCAGCGGUACCAUAAACUUCCAGUGACCCUGGACGUGCGUCCACAAGAUGAUGCACAGUCCCGCCGUUCCUGGUCAUCACAAACCCGCCGCGCACAAGGGAAUUCAUGA